UGGCUUUGCUUGAUACUUCCGGCGUAAGACUUUUUUCAGCAGAGGUGAAUGUUGCGUGGCAGACUUGAUUGUUAAAAUUAAGUUUAGUUGGACUGUAAAGUAUGUUGUAAAUUCACAGUUUAAUGACAGUAUUGUACUUAGUUAUAUGUUUACAUGUUAAAUUCGACGUAAUCUCCCCAAGGCAAUGAUAAGUUUUCGUAAUAUUUUUUCAGCAUAUAACAAAAGGAAUAGCUUCCGAAACAACUGGACAAGCUAAAGUAAAUUUGCAAAUGAUUUUAACAUGAACCGAUAUCUCUUUACUUCGAAUGUCAUAUGGAGUUUGUUAGUAAUUUGCAAGUUUCAAUCAUCAUUUUGCAUAGCCAGUCAAGAUGAAGGAGAUGUCGAAGCAUCUGGAUACAAGGGUGACAAAAUUGAUAACGAGAAUGAAACUUCAUUGUAUGCAGACAAUGUUGAAUAUUACCAUUGUCAUUACGUCCCUAACGAAAGAAUCUCCAACCGUACCGAGGAAUUAGAAUGUUGUGACUACAUGAUUACAAGAUAUUACGCAAAAUGGUUUUAUGGUAGAGCGUACUUAACCACUUUCUUGGACAAUUUGAAACAAUGGGAAUGUCCGCAGUUUAAAAUGCAAUGUAGAGGAAGAUUUUUCGACGUUACGGCUUUCACAAAUGUGGUUUACAACCGAGUUUGCAACCAACAGAAAUAUCGUAACGAUUGUUUUGAAACUGUUUCAAACUUACAAACAACAAAUUCGUCGAAAUUCGACCAAAACUCUUCUUUAACGACAAUUCCCGACACACAGUGGCAAGAAAUGGUUCGGAACUUGUACUCAAUGAACAUGACAUACGAAGAAAUAAACCAGCCAUGUACUCAAGUUGCAUUAUUCGAAGGAGCUCGUGGGGGUUCAGGGCGUUAUCACGAGUCUGUCCAAGUUAUGGUCCCAUUCUAUGGCUUCGUAUGGUGUGGUUACGAUGCCGAUACUAUAUACGGAAGAAAAAUCUCAGUCUGGACGUGUAUGCCUACGGGAUGCAAAAUCGGAAUGGGCAUUGCUGCUUUCCUGAUUGCUUGUCUCGGUAUCCUCACGUUGCUGGCAAAUUUAAUGGUGAUUGCAGUUUAUUGGUACAAAAAGAACAUGAACAAUAGCCAGACUGUAUACAGAGUAACGUUAGCUAUUGGAGACACUCUGGUCGGAGCCGUAGUUUUUCCGACAUUUAUUUCGUCAUUUUUCUUAUUGUUUCUGACAAGGCUAUACAUGGGGGAUUACGUAAAACCAAUGAAAAAUGAAAGCGUCAACGGCAUACCUCUACAACCACAACGUUACCCAAUUGGACAUUUUAGAAAUGCGUUUACUCAGUCAUACCUGGACGCCGUUGGGUUUUUCACUUCAUUGUCUAUUGUAAUAUCAGUUUAUACAUUAAUGUUGGCGAGUUUCGAUCGAAUGGCAGCCGUGAGUCGUCCAAUGUCAUAUAAUCGUAGGAGAGCCCGGAAUAUUGCAAAGCAUACAUGUGCUAUUCUUUGUCUAGCUGCGCUAGUUGUCGCUGUGCUGCCGAUUUUCACAUCAUCUCUGAGAUAUGGACUGGUGGCAUCAAUUCUUAUAUCCUUGUUAGGGGGAGAUGCAGUUAUUUUCUACGCAAUCACUAUCAUCAUACCAUUGGUGUUGGUUUGGAUCACAACUAUCAUUUUGCUGGUUUACUCUAAACGACACACUCAAGUGAGACGUCAGAUUUCUACUCUCACUGACGACCAAAUUACAAUCUCAGAAAGAAGACUUGUCAAAACGCUGAGUAUCAUGGUUGGUUCAUUUAGUGUUUCUUUGUUACCAGCAAUUAUUGUUUUAUUGGUCUCUAUGUUUGUUGAUGAUAUUUACUACGAUGAUCCAGAAUAUUUAAGCAAGACAUCAGCUACAAUCUACACAACGUCUGAAUUUGUGAGCGUUGUUAUAUUGAGUACCAACAGCCUAUGGAAUUUUUUUAUUUAUAACUCCAGAGAUAAAGAAUUUCGUAAAUCAGCUAAACAGUUGCUAAAUGAAAAUUGCCCUAAUUUUGGAUUCUCGAAAAUGUGGCGGACAAUGAAGUACAGGGUUGCGAAAAGAAGGCUAACUGCCGCUUCCAUAUCAACUGGAGUGAUAUCUAUCAAGACAAAAAACAGCACAUGCAGCGAACUUGAAAAACAGGCCAAUAAAAAUACGGCAACCAACUCAACGGAAUCCCUGCCAGAAGAAAACAAUUCACGUGGCAAAAUCGAAAACAAUAACAAGGAAUCUAACUUCGAUCCAAAUGAGGAUUCAACAUGGCGUUCGUUUGCAGUGAGUGAGGGGAAUGGUUUUUAUUGCUCAGUGAUGGAAAAUAUUGCAGAAAAUAUUGAAAAAGAUGGUAGAAUUGCUACAACAAAGCAAUGAGACAACUAUUUACGAACUAAUGGUUCGAAAUUUUGCAUGAAAAAUGUGUAAGUCAAGUUAAUCAGCGGUCAAGUAAGAGGUAUAAAAGUCAUCUGUCAGCAGCUGUACAAGACGGUCUUGUGGGAUCUGCAGGUUGCAAUCGCCAAUGUUGAGUCAAUAUUCGUAAAAGCGAAUGAAUAUCAAAUAAAAUCAAACAAUUUCUCAAACUUGGAUAAAAUUGUUUUAUAUCAAUAUUGUCACUGCAUAUUUAGUACUUUGAAAUUUUAAUAUAUGCAUUGUUUGUAAAGAAAGGGGAGUUUUGCACAUGUUUACACCACUACUUUAUAUUCCUGUUGGGAGAAAUGAUUACCAUAUUUCUGAAUAUAGUUAUCCUAGAAGCAUUUACCACAUGCUUGCAAGUACCCAUCCAUAACACACUCACUGUCUUAAUUUGAAAUUUAACUGCAGGAAAAAUGACCAAUAAAGAGUACACACAAAUGUCAAGGUUUGAACUUUUGUAUGUAUCAUAGUUUCCCGCACUGAAUUUCACUACCUCCAAAGGAUUCCAUCUAAUUUCAUUUAUUGCGAAGGAUUUCAUAUUUCACACUGUUUUGUGUUUUAUAUUUUUGAGUAUAUUUAAAGAUAACUGAUGUGGUUCAGCAAUAUUUCGAAAGAUAACCAAAAUAAUCUUUGUACACACGCGUUACAGCUCUCAUGAGAAGUUCAAAAAAGACUGACAAAAAAAGCUUUUUCUGAUGAAUCUUGAAAUAUUUUGAAAUCUGUUGUUCAUGUGAUUAUUUUCUUUUGCUUAGUCAGUUCUGUAGUGCGUUACUUGCUGUUACCGUGUGUUAUAUUCAAUAUCGUUUCCAUAUCCAAAAUGUCUCUUUUUUGUCUGGGAGAUAUUUUAUACCUAUUCUGGUUAAUAAACGAAUUCGUUUGAUACAAAGGAAAGC